AGGGCUGGUCGCCCUGGCCGUUCCGGCCGAGCUGUCACUCAAGGGCACGUGACCGUCUGCGGGUCUUUGUUCUGGCUCGCGCGGGGUGAAGGGGAAUGAUGUAAUGUGGAAGCACCGAAUUUAAAGAGAGGGCGGAGGGAGAGUCGGAUUGCUGCAGCUUGUGCUCUCACUGGGAGUAAGAGAGUUUGCUUCAAGUCCCCGCUGAAGCAACAAUAACAGUUUAAAAUGCCACAUCCUGUGACUCUUUACGGACCGUCACCUUGGGGCUUUAGAUUAGUAGGAGGCAAGGACUAUAGUCAACCCUUAACCAUCUCGCGGGUGACUCCUGGAAGUAAGGCAUCCUCAGCUAAUCUUUGUCCUGGUGAUAUUAUUGUGGCUAUCAAUGAAGACAGUACAGAGAAUAUGAACCAUCUGGAUGCUCAGAACAAGAUCAAGGCCUGUACAGACCAGCUCACUCUUUCUAUUAACAGGACAGAAAACAAGCCCUGGUCCCCAAAUGGUUUUGAAGAUGGAAACUCUCAUCCCUUCAAAGUUGAUUUGCAGUCACAGCCACAAGAUUGCAGACCCAUUGGGAGUUCAAAUAACAGAAAGCCGGUGCCAUUUGUGGUUGGUACAAAUGUAACUGAGGCCAAACAGUCAGCAAGUACACAGUACAACACUCCUGCUGCACUCUAUACCAAUGACAAUAUAGAUCAUAAUUUGCAGAAACAGUUAAGUGGCCUUCACAUCGCCUCUCCUCAGCACACUGAUCCACCAAAGUUAUCACCGAAGCUGUGGAAUGAGGUCGACACUGAAUCAGAUGUUUAUAAGAUGCUUCAGGAUGGCGAGGAACCAGUUUCAGAACCUAAGCAGUCUGGGUCUUUCAAAAUACUACAGGGCAUGCUGGAAGCAGAGCAGACAGGUGACAAAAGCGAAAGGCCAGCGAUCACCAAAAGUGUAAAAUCUCCUGUACCAAAAUUCGGCAAUUCUGCACCCACGCUACAGAAGUUACCCCAAUGUACUAGGUGUGAGACUGGCAUAGUUGGUGCCGUUGUUAAGGCACGUGAGAAGCUCUACCAUCCAGCAUGCUUCAUGUGUUCCGACUGUGGAUUAAAUUUGAAGCAGAAAGGCUACUUCUUCAUCGAAGAGCAACUAUACUGUGAGACCCACGCAAAAGCAAGAGUACAGCCUCCAGAAGGAUAUGAAGUUGUAGCUGUGUAUCCCAAUUCCAGAGUAGAAACUGAGUUGAAAGUGUCAGGAGAAAAGGCAUGAUGCUGUGGAAUCUGCCGUACUGCCAUCUGGGUAUGUAUGCAUAAUACAGCAAGACUCUGAUGGAAGACAUUUUUGGAUGAGGAAUUUUAGGGGUACUCGUAUGGAAAAGGUACACAAAUUAGUUAGUACUACAAAAUGUGCCCUGCUGUACGAUUGACAUGCAUGUUUAGUGUUCAAAGACUCUUACACUGGUCUGAAUGAAAGGGAGAAGGUUUGUAACCUGCGUUACUUUCCCCACUACUUGGUAAAAAGUCAUGGGGUCAGAUUUUCAAUGCUGCCUGGGCACCCAAAACCCGAAUGAAUUCUGGGUCCCAAUCCUGUGCCUGAUCUGCGUUGCUUUUGUGACUAUAUGUUCAAAUAUAAAAUAGCCUAAUUGGCCAAGAAGCAAACCUGGCACCCAAUUAGUGGUGCCUGAACUGCAUUGCUUUUGUGACUAUAUGUUCAAAUAUAAAGUAGCCUAAUUAGCCAAGAAACAAACCUGGCACCCAAUUAGUGGUGCCAAGCACCUCCACGAGGCUAGAACUGCCAGCCUGGUGCCCACAGCAAAGGCAGGUAGCAGCCAUGUUUUCCACUCCCUCCCCCAUGUUACCCUUUUGAAGGGGGCUUGGGAUUCCAAGAUGACCUCCGGGACCGCAAUUCUAAUUCCCACCUACACCAGGUCCCGCAGCCCAUUGAAAAUCUGACUCAUUCUGUAUGAUCUUGCCUUGAUUUCAUUUUUCUAGCCAGGUUUUCUGUGAUGAAAAUACCAUUGACGUGAUUGCUGUGCUGGCUCCUCAUAUGUACUUUGUACGACUCACUUAUGUGGAUAGUGUAUUGCAAUGCCAACACUUCAUACAGCAGUACCUUUACUGUUGUAUUAACCAAUUGGAGGCUUAUGGGCUCCUUAUCUCCAUUGUGGUAGUAACUUGUGAUGUGGCUAAACCCAAAAGAAGUGAAUAUGCCUGUCCUACUGAAUUUUCCAGAGUCUGGCUUAAUUAGAUAUACACAGCAAACUCCUCAAAUGUAAUGUACGAGUUAUUAAAAGCCUGGCCUUAAAUGAAACUUCUGCUACUUUAACACAGGACUUUUAUAUGUUGUCAAUGGAAUGGAAAUAAUUAUUGUAGGUUAUACUUAUAGCCUGUUCUGUUUUGCUCAUGAGUGGAACUAAGGUAAAAAUUCUGUAAAAGUAUCUUUGAUAAUCUUGUGGAACUGAGUGAUGCACUUAAUGGUUGUAAGCCAUUUUAGUUGAAGCAUAAAUAUUCAAGUGUUUAAAGAGAAAUGCGUUAUUUUUGUACAAUAUCAUCAAGUUGCAUGUUGCCUCCAGCAGAAUGACUGGUGCCAGUGUUGUGGACAUGUAUGUUGGUGUUGUUUAUGGAUUGUAGAUACUGGGUGGUUAUCAAUGAAUUAAAGGUCAGCUCGUGAGUUCCAUCUGAAAUGCUUGGCUGGAUUAGCACUUCUAAAAUGUUAACAACAAUCCUACAUUCUAUUUCGCACUGCUAAAGACAAAUAAGAGAAGCCCUUAUUGUAUUUUAAAAACAUUUUUUUUUAACUAGAACAAAGAGCAAGAGAUGAGAGAGGUAGCAAAAUUAGUGUGAUGGUCUGUAUAAAUUACAUGCUGACAUUGUAUUUCAGACAUGAGAAAACUGCUUAAACUGUCAAACCAAUUAUGCCCUUUCUUUCAUGUGAGAGAUUUCAAAUCAUUAUAAAUGUUAAUAACCUUGUAUUAUCUUCCGAUACCUUCAAAUUAAUCAUUGAAUACCUUCAAAUUGAUGAUUGAAAAGCCUUGAUUUUAAAGGAACCAAGUAGGACCAUAAUGGAUUUGACUUAUUUAUGCAGUUUAUAACAUUGACUGGAUCAGUGCUUUAGAAUUGAAUCAAAUCUGAUAAGGUAGUUGUUUUUUAUAACUCUGUAUUUUCAAAUUUUGGGGUAUUGACCAAUUCUUAAUUGUUCCACCAUCUGGGGGAAAAUUUUCAAUGUCUUAUGCUUCUGGCAGGACUUGAGGGCAAAGUUUUGUAACCUGAUGGCUGCAUGUGAGAUGUGUCAGCAGCAUUGGGAUGUGAGCAAUUCUUUUGAAUGCAUGCAAUAUGCAAAAUAUAACCAGUUUCUACCAUAGGGGGAAAAAUUAUAACUUAGUUUCAAUACUUGUUUCCGUAAUUUGUCAAAAUCAUAUAAUUGAGUGAUUUGUAAAUUUUGUCAAGAAAAUAAUCAGACUAAUUUUCAGGGUAUGACAACAAAUUCCCAAAUUUUGAUGACUAAACAAGCAUAAUUUUCCUUCAACUCUAUUAAGAGUAAAUUGGUCUGCACAGCAAUGAUGUGUAAAUAGGGCCAAUGUUUUCAACUGCUUGUCAGAAGUUAUUUUUAAAUCUAUUGCAAUUGUAUUGCACUAUGCUGGAACAUCAGAAAUUUUCUGCUAACUUUGUAUGGCGUACUUGUAUCUUGCAUCAUUGGUUUCCAAUGAUGAGUUCCAUGUGUCUGACUAUAUUUACCAUAUAUAGACUGCUAGAGACAUGAACUUUUGCUCUGUUUCUUUGAAUACCUCCUCAUUUCUGUUUGUGGAUGACAAUAUACGGUCUGCUAUUGUGUUUUACUAUAUUUACAAUGUAAUCUACAAAUUUUCCUAGUUCAAGCUUAACUGUGUAGUUUCUGAUUGUCCUUUUACAUCAUGCUACAGAUAAUCCUGUUUUCCUCCAUUUUUUGUAUUUCUAAGAAAUUGCAUAAACAUGUUACUACUUACUGCUAGGGAAUGAGAAUAAAGCCAUGAACACAAACUA